AUGUCGAUUAGGCUGACGAUAAGAUAUCGAACGGAUUCUAUAGAAGCAAAUGCCAUGAUGACUGAUAGCCUGGAGUCUCUGAAGCUAAAGAUUCAGGAUAUUACUGGAAUACCUGUUGAUUCUCAGGUGCUUCUGUUCAAUGACAGGAUCCUCAGUGAAGACAAUAAGGAAUUGAAGGAUCUAGGGAUAGAGAAUGACUGUGUUUUGCAUUUGAAGAAGAAGAUGGAGAUGAAAAAGGAGGGGAAAAGACCUGACUUUACUGCUUCAAUGAUGAAGAAUCCCUUGGUUAAGAAUUUUCUGAAAAACCCUGAUGCCAUGAAAAGCAUUGUUGAGAUGUUUCCUGGGCUUAAGGAGGAGAUGAACAACAAUCCUGAGCUGCGAAUGAUGAUGAGUAGCUCAAACCUGCAAGAUGAGCUGGAAAUGUUUUCGAUGAACCCUGAGUAUAUGAACACUCAGCUCAAGAAUCUGGAUAUAACCAUGUCGAAACUGGAAAAUAUUCCAGGAGGGCUUAACAUGAUAAGUAGCAUGAUUAAAGAUGUUCAAGAUCCUCUGUCGUCAGCAUUAAAAGAAGGGAUGGGAAGAGGGUAUAGGGUAAAAGAAGGAAGAAAGAUAGACAAGCCCAUUGAGGAGGCAAUUCCUGGCGCUCCCAAGGAAGAAAGCCAGCUAGUGAAGUAUAAGGAUAAACUGGCGGAGCUUAAGCAGAUUGGAUUCAGCGAUACUAGGCAGAAUUUUAUGGCUCUCAUGGCAUGUAAUGGAGACCUUGAGGGGUCCAUAAUAUAUUUACGCGAGCUUGACAGGAAGUCAUCGCCAACACAAAAAGCAAAAUGA